AUGGUUGGAACUGGCCGCCCCAACCUACAUUACUGCCCUCGCAGACACAGCCUGAUGAUCACCGGUGCCAUGGGAGCGGUGCGAGUCAACAGAUACAGCAUCGUUUCCACAGAUGAAGAUGCCCUGAAGAUCUCCAGCCUGGGCCUCAACAACGGCCACAAUCCUCUGACUCAGCAGACUUUGUCGGGGGCCUGUAUGCGAGGUGAGGAAGACGGAGGAGGAGAGUGUCCAGGAAGUGACGAAGCAAGAGGAGCUUUGUCUCUCAGGGUAACAAAUGAGCCUAUCGUCCACAAUAGCUGCCGUUCUUCACCUUCAUGCCGUCUGGGCCUGGAUCUUGGCACCGGCCGUUUGCGUAGUCGCUUUGUGAAGAAGAAUGGCCAGUGCAACGUGGUGUUCAACAACAUGGAGGAUAAGCCACGACGAUACCUGGCUGACAUUUUCACCACCUGUGUGGACAUACGCUGGCGCUACCUGCUACUUAUCUUCACCACCACCUUCCUUCUUUCUUGGCUGCUGUUUGGCCUAAUUUUCUGGGGAGUGGCGCUCGCGCAUGGGGACUUUGACCUUCACAUUCCUGUGAAGGACGGGGAUCCUCGGAGUACUGUAGAGGAAGGAAAAGACGAAUGGCGGCCAUGUAUUCUCCACAUCCAGGGCUUCAUUGGGGCGUUCCUCUUCUCCAUAGAGACCCAGACCACCAUUGGAUAUGGUUUCCGGUGUGUCACUGAAGAGUGCCCAGUCGCUGUGGUGACUGUGGUGGUGCAGUCCAUCGUGGGCUGCAUUAUUGACUCCUUCAUGAUUGGCACCAUCAUGGCCAAGAUGGUGCGUCCCAAGAAGCGGGCACAGACCUUGCUGUUCUCACAUCAUGCUGUCAUCGCACUUCGAGAUGGUAAGCUGUGCCUCAUGUGGCGUCUGGGUAACAUGCGCAAGAGCCACAUCGUUGAAGCGCAUGUUCGUGCUCAGCUAAUUAAGCCGCAUGUAACGGCAGAGGGUGAGUACCUCCCUUUGGAGCAAACAGACAUUGAUGUCGGCUAUGACGAUGGGCUGGAUAGGCUAUUUCUGGUGUCGCCGCUGGUGGUGGUCCAUGAGAUCAAUAAGAACAGUCCUUUGUAUAACCUGAGCCGCACUGACCUGCAGAAAGAGGACUUUGAGAUCGUGGUCAUCCUGGAGGGGAUGGUGGAGGCCACAGCUAUGACCACUCAGGCCCGCACCUCCUACUUGGCCAAGGAGAUCCUAUGGGGCCACCGCUUUGAGCCCGUGGUCUUUGAGAAGGGUGACCGCUACCACGUGGACUAUUCCCGCUUCCAUAAGACCUACGAAGUGCCAUCUACACCUCACUGUAGUGCCAGGGAACUCAGCCAGAUGACGGGUUGUGGCAGGCAGUCGUCAUCCUCCAGCUCAAAUUACUCCCCGUCUCCAUCACCAUUUGCCCCAAGGGCGGCCCGCCACCUACUGGGCCCACACUCCCCUAGCGCUUUCUGCUAUGAGAAUGAGGUAGCUUUGUGCUGUGGGGACGACGAAGAUGACGAGGACGUAAAGGAGGAGGCGGGCAGCCUGAACAUAAGAAGUGAGGAGACGAUGAGAGAUGACAUUCACUUGGGUUUCAAGGAGACAUUUGUGGAAGAGCAGACGGUGGAGAUGCUGUGUGUUCUGGACACAGAGAAUCAGAUCAGCCUUGACAGACUACAGCCAACCCUACCUUUAUACAUCAGCAGAGAGUCAGGAGUUUAA